AUGGCUCCAAGCAACGAAGCUGAAUAUCUGGUCAACCUCUUCAAGACCAUAAGCCAAAUCACGCCUUCGGAUGGCAACGUAGCUCUCGAACGUGCGACAUAUGAGUCUGUAACCACCGCGGCUUCAGAGGUGCCUGAUGUCUCGUAUGAAGAUAUCAAGAUCUCGGGCGUGCAGAGAGGUCCAGCAAAGCUUGUCAAGCCUGUCGGUGCGUCGAAGAAGCACGCAAUUCUCUUCAUGCACGGUGGCGGCUACAGUUUCGGAUCACUCGACAGCCAUCGCAAGCUUUGUGCUCAUCUCGCGCAUUCGUGCAAUACCCUGGCACUCAUGGUGGACUAUCGGCUCACCCCUGAGCAUCCAUAUCCAGCUGCUCUGGACGACUGCGUUGCCGCGUACGAAUGGCUGAUCAAGCAAGGCUUCGAAGGCAAAAAUGUUAUCACCUGCGGAGACUCGUGCGGUGGCGGCUUGACGACUACCGUCUCCCUCAAGGUGCUACGGGAUAGUCUACCACGUCCCGGCGCAGCUAUAUCACUGUCGCCAUGGUAUGAUGUAGCUUGCAAGGACAGUCCAAGUCUGACAAAGGCAAAGAACGACGCACUGGGCACCAUGGAAGGCAUGUACAAGAUUCGAGACCGUUACUGCGUUGGUGUCGAUCCAUCGGACCCUCUGAUCAGCGCGACUUCUGCUAGCACCGAGGAGUUGAGCAAGCUACAACCUCAUUGGAUUUCUUGCGCAGGGUAUGAUAUGUUGCUUGACGACGGCGUCCGAAUGGCCGAGAAGCUGCAGAAAGCCGGCGUGGAAACCGUGCUGAAAGUGCAACCCGAAAUGCAGCAUGUGUUCGAAUUCAUGGCAGGCAGGGCGCCCGAAUCGGAUGCUUCGAUCAAAGAAAUAGGAGCGUGGGUGAGAAAGACGGUCGGAAGCUAG